GUACUUCACCUCUUACCAUUAGUUGAUAGCUGAGUUAAAAGUGCUUAAAACUUCAACUGUACUAUUAAUCUCCUUGCUUACAGAAAAUAAGCUUAAAUGAAGAGUACAACUUAACACAUGAGUAGAAUAUUUGCUUACAAAUUUCCAAGAUAGUUUGUUGAGCUGAAAAUUAGAACCAUAGUUAAAAUUACAAAAAAAACAGUAGCCUGAUGUUCAAGAAAUACUUGUGUGUAAAAUGUGAUAAGGAAGAGUAAUAAUUUAUGCUAAGAAUAGGCUUGCACUGGGGUGCCUGCGUGGCUCAGUUAAGCGUCUGGCUUUGGCUCAGGUCAAGGGACUGAGCCCUGCACUGGGCUCCCUGCUCAGCGGGGAGCCUGCUUCUGCCCCUCCCCCCAUGUGCCCGCUUGCUAUGCUUGUGCUCUCUCAAAUACAUGGAAAAUUAAAAAAAAAAGACUAGGCUUGCACUUCAUUGAAAGUAGAUCAUCUUGUGUACCACACUGCCAAACUGGAAAACAACAGGGAACAAGCCACAUCCUCGUUUAAGAAACAUGCUUUUACACAUAGAAUACUUAGGUGAAGGUAAAAAUCAUACAUCCCACCCUCUCCACACACACACCUACAUUCUAUCCAAGGUGAUGGAACUAAUUAUUGUUAUGUCUAGGUGAUGUUAAAUUCAGGCAUUGUACUAGGUGUUGGGAAUAAAUAGAAGAGUCCUUUUGGGGGGACUUAAACUAAAAAUGUGUAAAAUCAAUUAAUAUUCAAGGUACAUUGGUUCUUGCUUAGAAACUAAGAUUUUGCUUGGGGAAAAAAGUCAUUUUUAUUGUAGUGUUUUAUGAAAUUACAGGGGGAAAAAAAAACAUUAGUUAGCUAUGAACGAGGAAAACUUAACCAAUCAAAAUACCCAACUUGAAUUCAGAGCUAUAGAUUUCUAAAUUUUGGACACAAUCUUACUUAAGUGCUUUUCUGAUUUACACAUCUUAAUAAAAUGAAACUGCCAAUUCUGAUUACCUUUGAUUACUGGGUAGCCUGCUGUCCAGCAAGAGCUAAAAAAAAACCCUAAAUACCUGUUCUGGGAGGAUGGCAACUUUAGCUUUUAGACCAAUUAGACCACCUGUAAAACCUUUUUCUUCGUAUUGGCCCAAAGGCACAGAGGCGAAUCCAAGUAUGGUGGGCUUCUCAGCGCUUUCACAGGGCUUUUUUGGCAUAACCUGAAUUGGGUGUAGGAUUUAUUUUUAAGUUUUUCUUCUCCACUUCCACGACUUGUUAAAUUUUUAUUUAAAUCUAUUUUUUAAAUUUAAAGGGAGUCAAUUUCACAGCUGAAGAGCGAUGGUGCUGACCCAGCACACAGUUCUUGAGCUGAUUUGGAUAGCUGUUUUGGGUGCCCCACCCCAAGGAGGGGAGGGGCGCAGCGCAUCUCCACCUUCUAAUUCCUCCUCCCUUCCCAAGCUGUCUCAGUCUGUGGAUUGAGUGACCCUAAGUAAAUCCCAGGUCUAGUGGUUCUGUCUUCCUCUGCGUCUGGGAGGUCACGUACCUACAGCCAGAGUCAUUCAAGGAUGCUGCCUCAAGUAUCUAGGCCAUCUGUUAAUUUCUGCAACCCCCACCCACAAGUACCACAGAGACUGGGUGCCAUCCUAUUUUUUGAGCCCAGUGCAUUCACCUGUUGUCUGCCUUAACCUGUCUCCACAAGGUCAAAGAGCCUCACCUAGCGACUUGCAGACUCCAAGAUGGGGAGGAGGGGUUGGCCCGGAGUUCUCAGGCGCCAGGAAAGCACUGUCAGUGCCUGACCCGUUGUCAAGUAGGAUGUCACAGGCCUGUGGUCUUGUCUGCGCUGUAGAUAAAACCCACGUUAGGGUGACAGAGGUCACCACUCUGCGCUACCCGCUAAAAAUGUGAAACAACACACAGUACACACUGGAAAAUGCAGUUCAAGUCGCCUCAGCCUUUUGUGCAUCCAAUAAAUAUUGGGUGUAAAAUGGAGAAUUCCCCCCCAGUUUAUGUAAAAAUAUGUGCAAAUUAGGCUGUAAGAGUGCUAAAUACUCCUCCCCACUCGUUGCCAACAUCGUUACCUUCAUAUAUAGAAAACUGCCCCUAUGUACGACGAUCAUUCCAGAAAAAUCCCUACUAUUCCAUGCAUGAUUUGGAGCCAACAGUUUUAAGUUUAGAAAUUGCAGUAAGUCCUAUCAUUGAGGGACUUGGAUUUUAAACGUUUAACUGGAAAUUACAUUUACAUGUGAAUGGGGCUGUCUCUGGUCUUGUGUCCUUAGAUUUACAUUUUACUGAGAGCCUCAAAAUCUGAUGCUUUUAGUUGUCGGGGGACUCUCAGAAGGUAGGCGGGGGGGGGGAACAGACUCUUCUACAUUUUGGCGUACCUCGGACAAGGUAACAGCCCACCAAGUCCUACACGUGCUCAGAGCUUGGGAAAGGGGAAAAAUAAAAAGGGAAACUGCCAGGACUUAAGAUGUCUUCUCGAAGCGACUUCGGUCUCCCAGGAAGGGCCUACCCGCUUCCAAUAUGUCCGCCCGCAGUCCUGACGUCACUCGGUCAGCUUCAUCAAGCCAGAAAGCCGGUGCGCUCCAAUCAGGACUCAGUCCCCUCACCCACUACCCUUGAUCACGUCACUUCCGGUGGUGCAGCAGCCAUUUUGUCAGUCGCCAGUGGAUCCCGCGCGCUGGAGAAGUGCAGUUCCCCCUGGUUACCAAUUCGUCCGUUCUCCCUUCGCGCUGCGGGCGCCGUCGAAGAGCACUCACCUCUGAUACACUGGUUCCUCCCUACAGUCCCUCCGCCGUUGUUGCAUCCGCCCGGAGCCAGUGCGUUGUCUUCCUCCCCCACCACUGACAGGCGCCCUCAGGGAGCCGCCGUCAGCGAUGUCAAGCGAGGAAAGCUACCGGGCCAUUCUUCGAUACCUGACAAACGAGCGUGAGCCGUAUGCGCCGGGCACCGAGGGCAAUGUCAAGCGUAAAAUCCGCAAGGCGGCCGCCUGCUAUGUGGUGCGCGGUGGGACUUUGUACUACCAGCGGCGGCAGCGGCACCGCAAGACCUUCGCGGAACUGGAGGUGGUGCUGCAGCCGGAGCGGCGCCGGGGGCUCAUCGAGGCGGCGCACCUGGGCCCGGGCGGCACUCACCACACCCGGCAUCAGACCUGGCACGACUUGUCCAAGACUUACUGGUGGCGAGGUAUAUUAAAGCAAGUGAAAGAUUACAUUAAACAGUGUAGCAAAUGCCAGGAGAAACUGGAUCGCUCCCGUCCAAUAUCAGAUACUUCAGAAAUGCUGGAAGAAUUGGGAUUAGACCUUGAAUCUGGAGAAGAAAGUAACGAAUCAGAAGAUGAUCUGAGUAAUUUUACUUCACCUCCAGCUACAGCCUCCAAGCCUGCAAAAAAGAAGCCAGUAUCCAAACAUGAACUUGUAUUUGUUGACACCAAAGGAGUGGUGAAACGUUCUUCUCCAAAACAUUGUCAGGCUGUCUUAAAACAGCUCAACGAACAGAGACUAUCCAACCAGUUCUGUGAUGUUACUUUAUUAAUUGAGGGAGAAGAGUACAAAGCUCAUAAAUCUGUUUUGUCAGCUAAUAGUGAAUAUUUUCGAGAUCUUUUUAUUGAGAAAGGAGCUGUUUCCAGUCAUGAGGCGGUGGUGGAUCUUUCUGGUUUUUGUAAGGCAAGCUUCCUUCCUUUAUUGGAAUUUGCCUAUACUUCUGUGCUAAGUUUUGACUUCUGUAGCAUGGCUGAUGUAGCCAUCUUGGCUCGCCAUCUUUUCAUGUCAGAAGUUUUAGAAAUCUGUGAAAGUGUACAUAAACUAAUGGAAGAAAAGCAGCUAACAGUGUAUAAGAAGGGUGAGGUGCAAACAGUUGCAUCUACCCAGGACUUACCAGAACAGAAUGGAGGUACGGCACCUCCUGUGGCUAGCAGCGAGGGAACCACAACAUUAUCUACUGAACUUGGGGAUUGUGAAAUUGUACUGUUGGUGAAUGGAGAAUUGCCCGAAGCUGAGCAGAAUGGAGAGCAAGGACAACACCCUGAACCCCAGGUUUCUUCAGAGGCUCAAGCCACUCUGUCACCUGCAGGCAGUGUAACUGGUUCCCAUCCUGAAAUGGAGUCUGUGGAUUUAAUAACAAAAAACGAUGAGACAGAACUAGAAACUUUAAACAGCAGAGAAGAUAGCACGGUUUCUAAUAUUCAUCCCAAACUUUCAAAAGAGAAUGUAAUCAGUAGCUCUCCAGAAAACAGUGGUAUGGGAAAUGACACAUCAACUGAAGAUAUCUGUGCUGAAGACAUUCCAGAGCAAAUGCAGAACCUUGGCCAGUCUUUAAAAGAUCAGGAAAAUCUAGUUGCACUGACAACAAAGACAGACCUUGGCCCUGAUGAUGAAACUUACAGAAGCAGGCUUCGGCAGCGUUCUGUUAAUGAAGGGGGGUAUAUCCGACUGCACAAAGGAAUGGAGAAAAAGCUACAAAAACGGAAGGCCAUUCCCAAGUCAGCAGUUCAGCAGGUAGCCCAGAAAUUAGUUCAAAGAGGGAAAAAGAUGAAACAGCCAAAAAGGGAUACUAAAGAGAAUACUGAAGAAGCAGCAUCCCAUAAAUGUGGGGAAUGUGGAAUGGUUUUUCAGAGACGAUAUGCCCUUAUAAUGCACACACUGAAACAUGAAAGAGCUAGAGAUUACAAAUGUCCGUUGUGUAAAAAACAGUUUCAGUACAGUGCCUCCUUGCGCGCACAUCUUAUCCGACACACCAGGAAAGACGCACCCACUUCAUCCUCUUCCAGUUCUGCGGCCAAUGAGACGUCGGGAACAUCGUCUGAGAAGGGGAGAACCAAACGAGAAUUUAUAUGUUCCAUAUGUGGAAGGACAUUACCUAAAUUAUACUCUCUCCGAAUACACAUGCUAAAGCAUACAGGUGUAAAGCCACAUGCGUGCCAGGUCUGUGGAAAGACUUUCAUCUAUAAGCAUGGCCUAAAAUUACACCAGAGUCUCCAUCAAUCACAAAAGCAGUUCCAAUGUGAACUAUGUGUUAAGUCAUUUGUUACCAAACGGAGUCUUCAAGAACAUAUGAGUAUUCACACAGGUGAGUCCAAGUACCUUUGCUCAGUUUGUGGAAAGUCUUUUCACAGGGGCUCUGGACUAAGCAAGCAUCUAAAGAAACACCAGCCAAAGCCUGAAGUUCGAGGCUAUCACUGUACUCAAUGUGAAAAAAGUUUCUUUGAAGCUAGAGAUCUUCGUCAGCACAUGAACAAACAUCUUGGUGUGAAGCCAUUCCAGUGCCAGUUUUGUGAUAAGUGCUAUAGUUGGAAGAAAGAUUGGUAUUCCCAUGUGAAAUCUCAUUCUGUCACUGAGCCUUACAGGUGUAAUAUAUGUGGCAAAGAAUUUUAUGAGAAAGCAUUGUUCAGAAGGCAUGUAAAGAAAGCUACCCAUGGAAAAAAAGGAAGAGCAAAGCAGAACCUAGAACGGGUGUGUGAACAAUGUGGAAGAAAAUUCACUCAGCUAAGAGAGUAUAGGAGACACAUGAACAACCAUGAAGGAGUUAAGCCAUUUGAAUGCUUAACCUGUGGAGUAGCUUGGGCUGAUGCCCGAUCUCUAAAACGCCAUGUCAGAACACAUACUGGCGAGCGACCGUAUGUCUGCCCUGUAUGUAGCGAAGCCUACAUAGAUGCUCGAACAUUGCGUAAACAUAUGACUAAAUUCCACAGAGAUUAUGUGCCUUGCAAAAUUAUGCUGGAAAAAGAUACCCUUCAGUUUCAUAACCAAGGAACUCAAGUGGAGCAUGCUGUUAGUAUCUUAACAGCAGACAUGCAGGAACAAGAAAGCAGUGGUCCUCAAGAACUGGAGACGGUGGUGGUGACAGGAGAGACCAUGGAAGCGCUUGAAGCUGUUGCGGCUACGGAAGAGUGUCCAUCAGUAUCUACGCUCUCUGACCAAAGCAUUAUGCAAGUGGUUAAUUACGUGUUGGCACAACAGCAAGGACAGAAGCUCUCGGAAGUGGCAGAAGCUAUUCAAACUGUAGAAGUAGAGGUGGCACACAUUUCAGAAGCAGAGUGACUAUAGCAGUGGGGAUCAAAGAAGUGACAUCCAACGUAUACUGAACUCACAGAACAUCUGUUUACAGGACGAUGUGACUAUCUGCCUAGUGUUUGUAGGUCAAGGCUCUGGGCUGUUUGGUGAUGUCUGAACAUUUCCGAAUGGUUUUCUGGCUAAUGGGUUCUAUUGAAAAGUCCAUAUAUGGCAAAGAAAUUGAAAACAAAUCUACUUGAUGGCAUUGGUUUAUCAUGGUGUACUUUUUAUGAAUUAAUGUUUAUAAAGGACUGGACUAAAUUAAAAACUGUAUAGUUUCACUUGCAUUUUGACAUUAUUAUAUACUUUGAGUUUAAAAGGCUGCACUAGUCAGAUCUUCUCUUUUAUUCUAAAAAUAGGUUCUGUGAUUUCAUUUGCCCGGUUUAUAGGUUUAAAAAAAUUCUAAUAUAAAGCAUUUUAGUAGGAUGUAUACGUGUAUUACAUUUUUAAAAUGCUUCAAAUCUGUGAUUCUUGACUUAACUAUUUAUUUUAACCCCUUAUAAGUCAGGGAUUUAUUCUGUUUUAAAGCACUUAAUGAGUUACAUGUUGUAAUCAAGUUUGCACAGUAUACUUAUCUAUAUGGGGAACCCUUAAAUAAAUAGCUGAUUUUUUAAAUGCCAUUAAAAUGCAUGAAAUGCCUAUUAAAGCCUUACUAUAUACUAUCUCUUCAAGGCAGGUAAAUUGACCAUGAGCAAAGAACACUGUUAAACACUGUUGAUGGGAAAUUUCUCCUUGAUAACAUGAGACAAUGAAUGGAAAAAAAUCUCAUUCUUUUGCUGAAGAAUGAACAAAUUAAAACUAGAUUUGGUAUGUUUGCAGCUUUUGUAUCAUGUUUAAUUGUUCAAUUUUGUUGAAAAACUGCAAUUUAGAAAUAGGAUAGCAAUAUAGACCUCUACAGCGGUCCUGUGGAUACCAUGUAAUUGUCAACUAACUUCAGAAUACUGAAAAGUCUUCAGUUCAGCCCUCAGUAUACUAUUUAAAGAAGUUAAUUGAUUAUGGUCCACCAAAUUGUUGAAAGUAAAUUAUUUUUAAAAGUUACCUGAGAAUUAUAUUAAUUUGUGUGUUUGAUUUUUAAAUUCCCACUUCUAGAAGCUAUCCAGUUUUCUGAUCUUCAAAAUAACUGUGGGGAGACGCCACAUUUCUCUCCUGUGGGGAAACUACCACUCAAACUAUAAUUGUUAAAAUUAAACUUUUUAAGUAUUAGAAGCUAAUAUAAGGUAUAAAAUGAAGAUAUAAGCAAAUCACAUGUAAAUCAUUCCUAAAGCACAAGAAAAGAAUGUGCCUUGAUGUACAUAUAUUAAGAUGCUUUUUCCAGUUUACUUUAAAAAAUGGCUUAAAAAUAAAGACUAAAUGUGAUGCCAUGCAUGCAUUAUCUGCAUAUGUAAUAUUUGCAUUUGCAAAUUUCCCAUUGUUUCUAUAGCUGUGUGGCUGACUUUCAGUUUUAAGUGAAUUGACAUACAGUCUAUAACUUUAUAAUGGCUGCUUGUUUAUCGUACUUUUCAGUUAGUGAAAAUGUAUUUCAACCUGACUAAAAUCUGGAAUUGUGUCUUUUAUGUUCCAUCUUCACCAUUGUUACUAGAUUUAGUUAAUUGUAUAAGACCGUUAAUGUAUGUCAAAAAUUGUAAAUAAAAGAUGUUGAAUCUUGUUUAAGCAUAAGCUUUGGAGUUUAGCUUGUCACUUUUCUAUUCAUAAAUCAGUUUCUGUUAUUUGAUAUGUUAUUAAAGUCAAUCCGUGUUUAAAGGGAAGGGAAUAGAAUACAUUAAAAUACAAUGAAUCAUGGAACACUACAUCAAAAACUAAUGAUGUAAUGUAUGGUGAUUAAUAUAACAUAAUAAAAACCAUUGGGUGAAAAUGUAAUAAUAUUAAAACUUCUUACUCAUAAACAUAAUUUUGCCACAAAAUUGGAAGUAGUGUGAUUUACUGCCUACUUGGGUAAUUUUUUUUUUUUUUUUAAGAUUUUAUUUAUUUGACAGAGACAGCGAGAAAGGGAACACAAGCAGAGGGAGUGGGAAAGGGAGAAGCAGGCUUCCCGCAAAGCAGGGAGCCUGAUGCGGGGCUUGAUCCCAGGACCCUGAGAUCAUGACCUGAGCUAAAGGCAGUCGCUUAACCAAUUGAGCCACCCAGGUGCGCCUACUUUGGGUAAUUUAAAUGUGUAGAGUUAUAGGGUGCCUGUCUGGCUCAGCUGGUUGGUAGAGCAUGUGACCCUUGGUCUUAAGGUCAUGAGUUCAAGCCCCAUGUUUGGCAUGACUUUUAAAAAAUGUGUAGAAUUACAUAAUUCCAUGUAGAAACAAGUGUUAAGUUUCCAAAAAUUCAGUUUUAUAUUGCCAUGGGGGAAAUUUCUAUAUUAAUUUACAAUUCCUUUUUAGAAUCACGCAUUGCUUUGUUGUCAGGUGACUCUCCUCUAAUUGUGUGGGUACCCCUGGUUAAAUGUACUUAUUACUCUUGCUGCUAAGCAGUUUGAGUCAUUGCUGUUAGUCAUUGAAAUGUAUGAAUUGAUAGCAAUGAAUUAAUUCUCUGACGUGGGUUUUAAUUUGUUUUAUUAAAAGUGGCUGUAUUCAGAAUUUCACAGAGUUGCCUAAACUGCUGGACUUCGAGCUAAUCCAAACCUUCAGUGUUUUGUUGUUUUUUUAAUGCAUUGGUGUAAACUAUCUGUGCAUGCAUAAUGUUUCCUGCUCAUGAUUGUUCUUGUCAAACCUGUAAUCUCUUGGAAGUUCCUAAACACUUUUACAUCUAAUGUUUGGAACAUACAUAAUAAAAGCCUUUGCUUC